AUGAUAUUUUCGACAGUGUUGCUACAGGCAACUGCUGCAAGAUUAUAUUUGAAGCAGUCACGUCCCUUUUUUCGGAUUGGUUUAUGUGCAGUUUCGUUAGGCGGAAUUUUAUCUCUUUCUCAAGCUGUUUUUGAAUUUUUCUCGCUAACCGGUAAUGAUUUGGUUCGAUUUGAAUUGUGGCGGCUCUUUACACAUUUUACUGUCGAGACCAAUGUUUUUGUUUUCAUUUUACUGGUAUGGAAUCUUCAUCAAGUGGCAUCAUUAAUUGAGCCAAACUGGGGCAUGUUCGAAACCAUCAAAUAUUUAGGCAUUGUUCAGGUUGUAUCAUCACUUUUAAUCGCCAUUAUGGCGUUACUAACAUUUGUUAUCACAGUAAAUGACGCAUUUUUCUUCCGGACCCAUAUAUUUGGUUUGCCAUCAGCUUGUUCCGCUGUUUGUGUUGCCAUGAAACAGUACCUGCCAGAUUCGAUACUUUUGACGACACCGAUGGGACGUAUCAAAAAUACUCAUCUUCCUUCUUGUAUUAUUGCCGGUGCGUCAUUUUUAGUUGGAUUUGGCCUUCUUCGCUGGGUUUCAUUACUGCAGAUUCUAUCUGGUGUUCAAAUAAGCUGGAUUUAUUUGCGGUUUUUUCAACCGCACGAUGAUGGUGGGCCGAGAGGGGAUCCCAGCGAACAUUUUGCGUGGGCAACUCUUUUCCCUUCGAAGUUACAACCAUUAAUGAGAGUACUGUCAUCAGCAAUUUAUACUUGCUUGAUACAAGCACGCCUAUGUAAACCAAUGGCAAGGCAUAUCGAUUUAAUGCAGCUUGAUUCCGUAAAUGUCAUUCUUCCUGGUUUACAUACGAGAGAUACGGAAAGAAGGCGGCAGAAAGCGCUCCGCGAUUUGACCGAGCGUUUAAAUCGAGCACAGCAAACGGAAACAGGUUUGUGGCCAGAAAUGGAAGACGUUGAAGAAGGUAUAACGAUUCAAGAUACUUCUACAGUACAACAGCAGAAAGAGUCAGGAUCACAAGAUUCAGUACCGUCGAUCAGUGCACUGGGCAUCCACACCCAUCCCAAUUCUCGGCCACUUGACCAUUUACAGAUACCACACGAUCUUCCAAUAG